AUGGAAUCUCUACCACCAGCAAAAUCAAAACUAGCCUGUCAAGUUCAGAAUCCAGGGCAGAUGCCUUGGAGCAGAAUUUUGCUGGGUUCCCUACUUGUCUUCAGUUGCCUGGUAGCUUCUGUGUCCUCUGAGGAUUACUAUAAGUUACUAAAGGUGUCCAGAGAAGCCACAACCAGAGAAAUACGGCAAGCCUUCAAAAAGCUGGCUCUGACCAUGCACCCAGAUAAAAACCCAGUGAGUAGUCUUCCCUAUAUUAGAUGUUCAAAUCAGUUUAUUGGUCACGUAUACAGAUUUGCAGAUGUAAUCGAAGGUGCAGUGAAAUGUUAGCUCCAACAGUGCAUUAAUGUUACAAUACACUUUUUUUUUACAUAAAAAAAAUUAUAUAUAUACUUUUGCAACAUUUAUCAUAGACUAUACCAUAAAUAUAUCACAAAAUACUGGUGAUUUCCUAGCCUGGUCCCAGAUCUGUUUGUGCUGUCUUUCCAACUCCUAUGGUCAUUGUCAUGCCAAUUAUAUUUUUAUUAUUAUUAUGCCAAAACAGCACAAACCCAUCUGGGACCAGGCUAGUGAUUUUCCACGAAGUCCAGAACUUGAUUUAUGUUCUCAUUUCCCAGCAUGAUGAAACUGCGCACGACAAGUUCCUGAAGGUAACCCGGGCAUAUGAAGUUCUGAAGGAUGACAAUCUGAGGAAGAAGUAUGACAAGUAUGGAGAGAAGGGUCUGCAGGACGAGCAGCAGGGAGGAGGACGAUAUGAGAGCUGGAACUACUAUAGAAAUGAAUUUGGUAAAUCGUUUUUAAAGUAGUCUAAGAUUGUGAAAUGCAAACAUUGACAAGACAUAUGAAGAAAAGUCAUUGAUAGGCUACAGCUAACGACAUGCAACAUUUUCAGUCAUUUCCUUUGGGAAGUUGGUGUGACUUAUCAUACUCUUGUCUUUUUUUCUGCAGGUAUCUACGAUGAUGACAUAGAGAUUGUCACUUUAGAUAGGGGAGACUUCGGUAAGUGAUGUCACACUAUUCCAAACCUUCAGAGCCAACUUUCCUUGUGGUAUGUUUGGUUGUUGUGGUACAUUUUGUUGUGAUACUGACUGGAUAUUUACUACCAUAGAUGCAGCAGUGAACUCUGGGGAACUCUGGUUUGUCAACUUCUACUUCCCUCGUUGUCAUCACUGUCAUGAGCUGGCUCCCACGGUAAUACUUUCCUCACUCACUCUAAAGGUGCAAUCUGCAAUAUUUACAGCUAUUCAUUGGUUGUUUCAUAUACUUAAUUAGCAUCCGUUGAACAGUAGUAAAUAUUGCAGAUUGUACCUUUUUUGUAAAUUAUUUUAUUCAUCCUUUGAUAAUUGUUAUCUAUGUUUAAUAUUUCAACAUUAUGUUAUGUUACUUAUUGUGUUUGUGUGUCCGCAGUGGAGGGAGUUUGCUAAGGAGAUGGAUGGAGUGAUCAGGAUAGGAGCAGUGAACUGCGGAGACAACAACAGACUGUGUCGCAGCAAAGGCAUCAACAGCUACCCCAGCCUCUACAUUUACAAAGCUGGAAUGGUAGGAGGAACAUCACUGCUUCCUUUAGGAUGGCUCUGUCAUGCAUCACUUAGCCUGGUUAAACCAGACUGAAUGCUGCGCUCACCAUUGUUUUGGCGAAUCAUUCAAUCUGGUUUAACCUCUAAACGUGGAGGGGGGUUCUACUAAGCUAACAUGGAAUUGUUUUAAGAUGGUCAUACCAUGGAUCAUUUAGCUAUUUGAUUUAGAAUUUUAGGACCCCUGUAUGUAUCAAAAAAUACAAAAAUAUUAGAUAAAAUAUUGAAUUUGGCCUUUACUGCUGUAGCCCAUAGAAACGCAUUGAAUAACACAUUCAUAAAUAGCAAAACAGACAUUUAGCUCAGGAAAUAUUGUUGUUUUUUUGGACACAUUCUUUUUGUAAAAGUUUUUUUUUGUUUAUUAUGUUACUUAGAUUGACAGACGGGUGCGUCAAUAGACUCUUAAGGUGGUUUAACCAGGCUACAUAUCACUGAUCAUGGUGUUAGGAACAACACUAAAACUGACCUUUUCUGUCUUCUAAUAGAAUCCAGAGAAAUACUUUGGAGAUAGGUGCAAGGAGAGUUUGACUAAGUUUGGCAUGCAGUUUGUGAUGAGCGGAGUUACAGAGCUGUGGCAAGGCAACGUCUUCACUGAGAUUGAGGCAGCGUUUUCAUCUGGAGUUGGAUGGCUGAUCACCUUCUGUUCUGACUCAGGAGGUAAGACGGGCUAUUAAAGGGAAACUUCGGGAUUUUGGCAAUGUCUACUUCCCCAGAGUCAGAUGAACUUGUGGAUACCAUUUUUAUGUCUCUUUGUGCAGUUUGAGGGAAUUUGCUUACUAGCGUUAGCGCAAUUGCUAACUAGCGUUAGUGCAAUGACUGGAAGUCUAUGGGAACAGAUAGCUGUUCCCAUAGACUUCCAGUCAUUGCACUAACUCUAGUUAGCAUUGGCUCGUAAAACUGCCUCUAACUUUCUUCAAACUGGACACAGAGACAUAAAAAUGGUAUCCAUGAGUUAAUCUGACUGAAGUAGAUAAAUAGCCUCAUUGCCUGCAACCCUUUAAGGGUAAUGUUGAGAUGCUUUGUCAUGUUUACAAAUUAAGAGACUCCUAGUCGGAAUUGGUGAAACCAGUAUCUCACAAAUGAACUUGGUAUGACUGCUUUUCUAUAUAGUUAAAAAUACUGUCUGUUUUGAUAUCUUUUCAUAGACUGUCUAGAGUCACAGACGAGGCACAAAUUAGCAGGAAUGUUGGUAAGUCCUCAUUAAACCCAUGCUGUAUGCUUACCUUCCCAUGAACAUACUUUGUUAUUUUGACUGAUUAUGUCUCCUCCUCUCGUGUCCUCAUCAGGAGGGUUUAGUGAACGUGGGCUGGAUGGACUGCUCUACACAGGCUGAGUUGUGUGACAGCUUUGAGGUGACCACCAGCACAACAGCCUUCUUCCCUCCCGGCAGUUCACUGAAGAGCAAGGGCAGCGUGCUGGUAAGAGAGGCCCAUAGUUUUGUUUGCGCACAGUAAAAACAAAAGCAAGUACAAUAUGAAAUGUAUUUGUAGGUGAGAUAGAGAAACCUAGGAGGGUUUAUGAAGAAUCCUCACCAUACAUCGCUAAGAUAAUUUAUAAAAAUGUUCUAUCGAGAUGCUAUGAUCGAAUCGUAACGGUUGUGAAAGCACAGUUUUACAACAAACACAUUGGUUUUAUCACAACAGUUUCUGCAGAGUUUGGACACCAGAGAGAUCUAUGGAGAGGUGAUGCAGCAUCUGCCUGACCUGGAGGCUCUUACUAAGGACACCUUUAAGGUACAGUAAUAAUAACCCAACAAUAAAUCUAAUGUACAGUAAAAAUCGUCGGUGGGGGGUGGGGGUUAGUUCUUAGCACAGCGUCUGCUAUGGCAGCGUCUGCUAUGGCUGCUAUGGCCUGUUUCCUCAUUUUUUGUAUUAAUAGGCCUACCUACUAAUGGUAGCCGCAGAUAUUUGAUAUGAAAUCGUCUAUUGUCUGACAUGAUUUCAGUUGGGAACACACCUGUAGUGGUGAAGCUGAAAUAUUUAGGAAAAAUACAGUUAUUCUGUUGUGUUCUAUUCUGUUAUACAUAUGUCUCUAGAGUAAACUGGCCCAUCAUCGGUGGCUGGUCAGUUUUUCCUUUGGACAGAAGACCAUAGAGUCUCAUGAGUAUAAGAAGCUCAAUGCUUUUCUGAAGGGGGCCCACAUACAGGUAAGGUGUAGCUUGGAAUCUACACUGAAUAUUGCUCUAUAUCGUUUCACUAUUGAUUCACGGCACUGUUUCAGUCUGGAUACUUUCUGUUUAAAACGGACAGUACUUUGUGCUUUUUCUCAGGUGGGAAAGGUGGACUGCCUUACUGAGUCAGAAUUGUGUGGCUCCUUCUACAUUCAAAAGCCCUGCAUCGCGGUCUUUAAAGGCCUUGGGAUUCAUGACUUUGAGAUACACCAUGGUAAGUCCACGUCUUAUUCAAACACAGGAGUUUUGUAUUUGUUUUUUAAUUCACUCUGCGUACCUUUUCACUUGUUGUUGUACAGUAUAUACAUAUGCACAUUUUAUGGAUUCAUUUAUUGUGUUUUUUAUCAUGAGUGCUUGCUGAGUAAGAUUUCCAAUGUAUUCAUUAUAAAUGGCAAAUAAACUUGCAACACUGUUUCGGCUCUUCCAGGGAAGGAUGUGCUGUAUAACAUUGUAGCAUUUGCUAAGGAGAGUGUCAGCGCCCAUGUCACCACUCUGAGACCAGAGGACUUCCCCAGUGAUGGCAAGGAGCCCUGGAUGGUUGACUUCUUUGCUCCUGUAAGUAUCAGUCUAAUGUUAGUGACUAAUGCUUUACUUGCUUAUCAAUGUUCACAGUUGACUACAUGUUUGAAAAGAUAGGUGUGGCUAUACUAAAAUAAUAAUCCGUUGGUGACUAACAUUAAUCCCUGAAAGUAAACAGACAUUGUUGUGUAAAUUGGACUAGAGCCAGUUGAUUUGGCAGAGACAUUGGGUUUGGUCCAUUAACAAAUACUAACACUGUUUCCUUGUAGUGGUGUCCGCCCUGUCGUGCUCUCCUCCCUGAGCUGAGGAAAGCCUCGAUCCAGUUGUUUGGUCAGAUGAAGUUUGGAACACUGGACUGCACCGUGCACGAGGGCCUUUGCAGCGUGGUGAGUGUCUGGAGAACAUACCAAAACCAAGAGAUGUGGUAUUCUUCUGUAUAUUUCACGAUAGAGGCCUAGAUGUAUUGAGGAGCCAGCCAUCUAAGAAUGUCGCUCUAAAAUUCCACAGUAAAUAACUAGGCCCCAGAGUUUAACUAGGUCCCCAACUCCUGGCCCCACCCCAUUUUGAUAUCUGAAAAUUGUCACGACCCCAACCAUGUGAAAAAAAUUGUGGAAUUAACAGCCAAUGUUUACUUUUUUAUUUGGGGCUAUGGCAGUCAAUUGAAAAGCAUUCUAACAGUUUCUGAUUGUCUUCUCAACUCACCGUCACAUACUUUUAAUGUGGGACUAUGACAGUCGAUUGCAAAUUAGUCAGACAUAAUCUCUCUUCUCACCACCACUGAGAUGGGUGUGCUUGAUGCAUGUCGUGCGCUCCUCAUCUCUGCUGUCACAUCCAACCUGGAUCAAUAUUAGGUUUUAAUGCAGAUGAGAGCACUGAAUCCAGCUUCACACAGAUAUGAGCUGGCGAAGGGUAGCCUACCAUGAGUUUAUGGUGCUUUCAAGACAACUGGGAACUCUGAAAAAUACGAGGUCAAAUCAUGACGUCAGUGAUCUUUAGGCCCGAGUUCCUUUGUUGGAAUUCAGAGUUGGAGGACUGUUCAAAUCGUUUCUUUUAGAGUUCCCAGUUGUCUUGAACGCACGGAAGUCGGAGAUUUCCGAGUUCCCCGUUGUUUUGAACACGGCAUUAAUGCUCAGAGUGAGACGGCAGGUUAUUCCCUUUGAGUCAGGAACCAAAACUCCUCCGUAGUGACCCGUGAAUGCAUUCGGUCACAUGACAGCUCGAUCAGCUGUUCGAUUUCACUUACCGGCAUGCCAACUGAGCCAUGAUCAGUCAAAUGGAUUGGGAAGUAUGUCCCAAAGUGCUCUUCCAAGCAUUGGAGGUGAGCGCUACUCCUUAAGGUCCAAGUACCUUGUUAUUUUCAGAGGUAGACUGGUUCUGGCAGCCAAAACAGCCAAAUACUCCAUCUAAGUGUGACUCGAUUCUCAAUUGCGAUACCGUUCUAGAAACAUAAAGCCCUUUACUUUCAUAUCAUUUAGAUUAAGAUUAACCACAUUACAAUGAUUUUGAGAUUUUGGAAAUUCUCCCGCGACCCCAUUUUCAUAUCAGGCGACCCCCCCCCCCCCCCCCCCCUAGUUUGGGAACUGCUGCCUUACUCUAUAACAUAAUCUCUCACUAUAAUGAAGGUAUUGAUCAUGAUGAUGGUUUGUAAUAAUGGCGCCGGAGCGAAUGACUGCCGUUUUUACAGGUUCCUGACCAAUUGUGGCUUUUUAUUUUUUUGUUGGGCCUAACUUUUUUUUUGUACAUAAUGUUUCGGCCAUCGUUUCAUAUGACAAAAAACAGCUUCUGGACAUCAAAAUAGUGAUUACUAAACUCGAUUUCAAUGAAUCGGAGACGAAGGACAAAAUGCUAAUACCAGACUAGGCCCAAAUCCCCGUCACUCAGCGGAGGCAGCGCUAUAGAGGUUGGCUUGCGGGAUAUCUAACGAGACAGCGAGUGGAUAAGCCGUCAUUAUCGUCCGUUCUAUUGGCGAACGUGCAAUCACUGGAAAAUAAACUGGAUGAGCGCCGUUCGAGACUAUCCAUUCAACGUGAUCUGAACUGUAAUAUCCUAUGUUUCACAGAGUCGUGGCUGAACAAGGACAUGAAAAUGUAAAUCUAGCUGAUUUUUCUGUAAAUUGGCAGGACAGAACAGCUGCAUCCGGUAAGCUGAGGGGAGGGGGGGGGUGCCUCUUUGUCAACAACAGUUGGUGCACAAUCUAAUAUUAAAGAAGUCUCGAGGGUUCUGCUCGGCUGAGUUAGAAUACCUCAUGAUAAGCUAUAGACCAUACUAUUUACCAAGAGAGUUUAUCUAUUUUUCGUAGCUGUCUAUUUACCACCACAAGCAGAUGCCGGCACUAAGACUGCACUCAGCAAGCAAACAAGAAAAUGCUCACCCAGAUGCGGCGCUUGUAGUGGCUGGGGAUUUUAAUGAAGAGAAACUCAAAUCUGUUUUACCUAAUUUCUCCUGUGCAACUAGAGGCAGAAAAACUCUAGAUCACCUUUAUUCAACACACAGAGACUCAUACAAAGCUCUCCCUCGCCCCCAUUUGGCAAAUCUGACCAUCACUCCAUCCUCUUAAUUCCUGCUUACAAUCAAAAACUAAAACACGAAGUACCAGUGAUGCGCUCAAUACGGAAGUGGUCCGAUAAAGCGGACGCUAACCUACAGGACUGUUUUGCUAGCACAGAUUAGAAUACACUAUAUGUAUAUGGACACCCUUUCAAAUGAGUGGAUUCAGCUAUCUGAGCCACACCCGUUGCUGACAGGUGUAUAAAAUGGGGAUCCAGCCUUGCAAUCUCCAUAGCCAAACAUUGGCAGUAGAAUGGCCUUACUGAAGAGCUCAGUGACUUUCAACGUGGCACCAUCAUAGGAUGCCACCUUCUUCAAAUUUCUGCCCUGCUAGAGCUGCCCCAGUCAACUGUAAGUGCUGUUAUUAUGAAGUGGAAACGUCUAGGAGCAACAACUGCUCAGCUGCGAAGUGGUAGGCCACACAAGCUCACAGAACGGGACCGCCGAGGGCUGCAGCGCGUAAAAAUCGUCUGUCCUCGGUUGCAACACUCACUACUGAGUUCCAAUCUGCCUCUGGAAGCAAUGUCAGCAGAAGACCUGUUCGUUGGGAGCUUUAUGAAAUGGGUUCCCAUGACCGAGCAGCCGCACACAAGCCGAAGAUCACCAUGCGCAAUGCCAAGCGUCGGCUGGAGCGGUGUAAGACCAUUGGACUCUGGAGCAGUGGAAACGUGUUCUCUGGCGUGAGGAAUCACGCUUCACCAUCUGGCAGUACGAUGGAAAAUCUGGGUUUGGCGGAUGCCAGGAGUACGCUACCUGCCUGAAUGCAUAGUGCCAACUGUAAAGUGGUUGAGGAAUAAUGGUCUGGGGCUGUUUUUCAUGGUUCAGGCCCCUUGGUUCCAGUGAAGGGAAAUCUUAACGCUACAGCAUACAAUGACAUUCUAGACGGUUCUGUGAUUCCAACUUUGUGGCAACAGUUUUGGUGAAGGCCCUUUCCUGUUUCAGCAUGACCCCGUGCACAAAGCGAGGUCCAUACAGAAAUGCUUUGUUGAGAUCGGUGUGGAAGAACUUGACUGGCCUGCACAGAGCCCUGACCUCAACCCCAUCGAACACCUUUGGGAUGAAUUGGAAUGCCAACUGUGAGCCAGGCCUAAUCGCCCAACAUCAGUGCCCGACCUCACUAAUGCUCUUGUGGCUGAAUGGAAGCAAGUCCCCCAGGCAAUGUUCCAACAUCUAGUGGAAAGCCUUCCCAGAAGACUGGAGGCUGUUAUAGUAGCAAAGGGGGGCCCAACUUCAUAUUAAUGCCCAUGAUUUUGGAAUGAGAUGUUCGAACGAGCAGAAGUCCACAUACUUUUGGUCAUGUUGUGUAUGUUCCGGGAUUCAUCCGAUGGCAUUGAGGAGUUUACCACCUCAAUCCGGCUUCAUUAAUAAGUACAUCGAAGACGUAGUCCCCACAGUGACCGUAUUUACAUAUCCUAACCAGAAGCCAUGGAUUACAGGCAACAUCCGCACUGCGCUAAAGGCUAGAGCUGCCGCUUUCAAGGAGUGGGACACAUCCGGACGCUUAUAAGAAAUCCUGCUACGCCCUCCAACAAACCAUCAAACAGGCAAAGCGUCAACACAGGACUAAGGUCGAAUCCUACUACACCGGCUCUGACGCUCGUCGGAUGUGGCAGAGCUUGCAAACUAUUACGGAUUACAAAGGGAAACCCAGCCGUGAGCUGCGCAGUGACACAAGCCUACCCGACGAGCUAAAUGCCUUCUAUGCUCGCUUUGAGGCAAGCAACACUGAACCAUGCAUGAGAGCACUAGCUGUUCCGGAUGACUGUGUGAUCACGCUCUCUGUAGCCGAGGUGAGUAACCUGUUUUUUAAAAGGUCUUAACAUUCACAAGGCCGCAGGGCCAGACGGAUUACCAGUACGCGUACUCGGAGCAUGCGCUGACCAGCUAGCAAGUGUCCUCACUGACAUUUUCAACCUCUCCCUGACCCAGUCUGUAAUACCCACGUUUCAAACAGACCACCGUGCCCAAGAACGCCAAGGUAACAUGUCUAAAUGAGUAUCGCCCUGUAUCACUUACAUUUGUAGCUAUGAAAUGCUUUGAAAGGCUGGUCAUGGCUCACAUCAACACCCACCAUCAUUCCAGACACCCUGGACCCAUUCCAAUUUGCAUACCGCCCCAACAGAUCCCCACUCUAUUGCACUCCAUACUGCCCUUUCCCAACUGGACAAAAGGAACACCUACGUGAGAAUGCUGUUCAUUGACUACAGCUCAGCAUUCAACGCCAUAGUUCCCUCCAAGCUCAUCACUAAGCUAAGGACCCUGGAAUUAAACACAUCCUUCUGCAAUUGGAUACUGGACUUUCUGAAGGGCUGCCCUCAGGUGGUUUGGGAAGGCAAUAACACAUCUGCCACGCUAACCCUUAACACCCGGGCCCCUCAGGGGAGCGUGCUUAGCCCCCACCUGUACUCCCUGUUCAUCCACGUCUACGUGGCCCGACACGACUCCAACACCAUCAUAAAGUUUGCUGAUCGUGGUAGGCCUGAUCACCGAUGACGAUGAUACAGCCUACAGGGAGGUGGUCAGAGACCUGGCAGUGUCAUGCCAGGACAACAACCUCUCCCUCAACGUCAGCAAGACAAAAGAGCUGAUCGUGGACUACAGGAAACAGAGGGCUGAGCACGCCCACAUUCACAUCAACAGGGCUGUAGUGGAGACGGUCGAGAGCUUCAAGUUCCUCGGUGUCCACAUCACCUAAGGACCUGUCAUGGUCCAAACACACCAACAUAGUCAUGAAGAGGGCACGACAAUGCCUCUUCCUCCUGGUAUAGAGGUCCUGGAUGGCAUGGGCCCUCAGAUCCUUAAAGAGGGUAGUGCAUACGGCCCAGUACAUCACUGGGGCCGAGCUCCCUGCCAUCCAGGACCUCUAUACCAUGCGGUGUCAGAGGAAGGCCCUAAAAAUGGUCAAAGACUCCAUCACCCAAGUCAGCCUGUUCUCUCUGCUACCGCACGGCAAGUGAUACAGGCGCGCCAAGUCAGGGACCAAAAGGCUAAUUAACAGCUUCUACCCCAUAGCCAUACGACUCCUGAACAGUUAAUUAAACUGCUACCUGGACUUUCUGCCUUUCACCCCCUACCUACAUGUACAUAUUACCUGACUCAAUCACCCCAACUACCUCGUAUCCCAGUACAUUCACCCGGUACCGGUACUUCUUGUAUAUAGCCUCGUUAUUGUUAUUUUAUUGUGUUACUAUUUUAUUUUUAUCUAGUUUCUUACUUUCUAACUGCAUUGUUGGGAAAGGGCUCAUAAGUAAGCAUUUCACGGUAUAGUCUACACUUGUUGUAUUCAGCGCAUGUGACAUAAAAUGUGAUUUUGAUUUUGUGAUUGAACUAAAUAAUAUUUGUUUCAUUCAAUGGAGUUACCUUAGUAUGACUCAUACAUAUCUGCAAAGCAUUUUAUUUCUUACUGCUUUCCACUGGGCUGUAUGGCAUACAGGCGUAGUAGGGCUAUCAUUCCUCUCUGGCUGUGUCGUAGUAAGGCGUAGUAGGGCUAUCAUUCCUCUCUGGCUGUGUCGUAGUAAGGCGUAGUAGGGCUAUCAUUCCUCUCUGGCUGUGUCGUAGUAAGGCGUAGUAGGGCUAUCAUUCCUCUCUGGCUGUGUCGUAGUAAGGCGUAGUAGGGCUAUCAUUCCUCUCUGGCUGUGUCGUAGUAGGGCUAUCAUUCCUCUCUGGCUGUGUCGUAGUAAGGCGUAGUAGGGCUAUCAUUCCUCUCUGGCUGUGUCGUAGUAAGGCGUAGUAGGGCUAUCUAGUGAUUUUAUAUUUUCGAUCCUGGUUACCGACGUUAAUCCUUAGUCCGGUCUCUCCGCUGCAGCCCUUCAGCCUCUAAGUGUGAUAAAGUACAGAUGACAGUCAGUGCUUUUACAUUUUAGUAAUUUAGCAGACGCUGUUAUCCAGAGUGACUUACAGGAACAAUUAUGGUUAAGUGCCUUAGUCGAGGGCACAUCGACAGAUCUUUCACCUAGUCGACUUGGGGUAUCCAACCAGCAGCCUUUUGGUUACUGGCCCAACGCUCAUACCCACUAGGCUACCUGCAGCCCCUAUUAGAGUGAUGGACUGUGGGAGCCCACUGCAGUGGAAUCUGGUUAGGAUAAUUGAACAGUAAAUGAGUGAGAGACGGCCGGGUAUCGGCUUGUCCACCCACCACCACACCACCUACUGGGGAUUAAAACCUGGGACUACUGCCCUCCAGAGAAUAUCUUCUAUCUGCCUGACAUGGAUGUAAUAUUGAAUCAUUGGUCAAAAUCAGUGGCAGCAAUGCCAAUUCAGUAUCCACAGGGAUGUGACUUCUCCUGAUUUUAAUCUGACAUCCUCCAUUCAUAUAUUGGAACUGGCCUUUCCCCUAGCCAAACUCAAGAUGUUCUGAUCAGAUCCCUGAGUAUCAACCAAAUUGUAAAUGCGUUUCUGGUUUUGAUGGAUAACUCAAAGUAGCAGUAGCUACUACAGUAAUUUAACGUAUGUCCUAUGUGCCUGUUUUCAGUAUAAUAUCCAUGCCUACCCGACCACGGUAAUCUUUAACAAGUCCUCCAUCCAUGAGUACGAGGGCCAUCACUCUGCUGAUGGAAUCCUGGAGUUCAUACAGGUGAGAAGCUUACAAUUAGCCUAGUUUGCAGUAUGGUGCUGUCUCCUUGCGAGCCAGUGCUUAUAGCGCCAGAGAGGUUUAAAACCAAGAGACUCAACAUAUGGUUACCGUACCACUCUCCAAUUGACAAUGGUUCUGAAUUUCCAGCCCCUUUAUACAAUAGAGCCCCACUGUAGUGACUCCUCUGAUUCUCCCCACUUUUCCAGGACUUGGUCAACCCUACAGUGGUGACCAUGGACCCAGACAGCUUUGUAGAGCUGGUAAAGAGGAGGAAACACAACGAGACCUGGAUGGUGGACUUCUAUGCCCCGUGGUGUGGGCCCUGUCAGGCUUUGCUGCCUGAGUGGAGGAGGAUGGCACGGGUAGGUACUGGUUCUAUAGGGCAGGAGGCCCUGGGCACUAGGUACUAGGCAGUAGGAUGGUGGACUUUUAUGCCCUGUGGUGUGGGCCCUGUCAGGCCUUGCUGCCUGAGUGGAGGAGGAUGGUAGGGUAGUAGGCUGUAGAGAGUAGGUGUUAGGCAGUAUGCUGGUAGACUUCUAUGCUCCCUGGUGUGGGCCCUGCCAGGCCCUGCUGCCUGAGUGGAGAAGGGUGGCUUUGAUAGCUGGUAAGUAGCAGGCAGUAGGUUGUAGGCUGGAGAGUAGGCUGUUGGCAGGAGGGAGUAGAGAGUAGGUACUAGGCAGUAGGUACUUAGGUAGAAGGAUGGUAGACUUCUAUGCUCCCUGGUGUGGCUGGGUGGACUGUAGGGGGUAGGGUAGUAGGCUGUAGCGAGUACUGGUAUAUCUGCCCUGCUGCCAGAGUGGAGGAGAAUGGCACGGGUAGGCACAGCAACAGAGCUUCCACUGAUGUGUUCUCUGGAUAUCGGGUGGCUUGAAUCUAGCAAAGAUAUAUAUGGUAUGAGCAUUAUCACAUUUCAUUCUAGGGUGGGUGGGUGUCAUCAAUAAAUCCAACUAAAUGCAUUUGUCUCCAAGAUUUUCUAAAUGGUCGUCCACUCGAGCAAAUAAUUUGUAUUCCUCCUGGUUUUCUGUCUGCUGAUGUCUCUUCUGUCUCCUCAGGCGCUGAAUGGUAUGAUAAAGGUGGGGACGGUGGACUGUCAGAAACACCACUCCUUCUGCCAGGGAGAGGGGGUCAGAGCCUACCCUGAGAUACGCCUCUACCCUCAGAACGCCAACCGACGAGACGUAUACCAGUAUGUACCUUACUGUCCUUUCACAAGAGUUUCAGAAAUGCUUGAUUCAGACCCUAGUCUUACAGUUCCUAUUUACAUGUUGUACAGGUUGCACUAAGUUUACAUGUUGUAAAGUUUACCUUAAGUUAUGUUGUAAAUAAAUAAGAGUGCUGUUUUUAUUUCUCUCACCAGGAGUUACAACGGCUGGCAUCGAGACGCACACUCUCUCAAAGUCUGGGCUAUGGGGUAUGUUCUCUCCUCUGUGUUUCUUAUGUCCUAGCCUUUUAUCAAUCACUAUUAGAGGAAUAUUUGUAUCUGAUUUUGUAUUCAACAGAAAGGAAUUUAUGCAGUCUGUCUUUGUCUUAGCACUCUCCCAAGAGCGUCAGUGGAUCUGACUCCAGAUGACUUCAGGAACAAGGUGAUGGAAGGGAAGGAUCACUGGGUGGUGGACUUCUAUGCUCCGUGGUGUGGGCCAUGCCAGCACUUUGCCCCAGAGUUCGAGGUCCUCGCUCGGGUAAGAUAUCCUCUCCACUCCCACCAUCUCUCAAACACUUGUUUCUGGGCCCAUUUUCAUAAAGCGUCAGAGUAGGAGUGCUGAUCUAGGAUCAGGGCCCCCCCCUGUCCAUGUAGGCUAAUCAUAAUAAUUAUGAUAUAAAUGGCUAAACUGAUCUACUCUGAGACACUUCAUGAAUAUGGCUCAUAUUCAUGUUUAUAAUAUGAGUCCAUUGUUAUUUUAAUGUGAAGCGGCUGUGUUUCUAUGGUAGAGCGAAGUUAUUGUAUCUGCAUCUCUACUCAUACUGUGCUUCCAGCGCUAGGCUGGUAACAGCUUAACAGUAACAGUGGAGUGCCUUGUGUGUCUUUGCUCUGAAUAAUGUAAUGGUUCUGAAGUGUCUGAGUCACUGGGCGGCCAUGUUAUUUUCUGUGCCCAAAUGGCACAUUAUUCACUAUUUAUAAAACAGGUAGUUUGGAUGCUGAUUGUUUGAUAGCCGUUAGUUUUCACAAUAAUCCACGGGCUAUGCCUGUUAACAGUUCCAUUUGAAUUAUCACUGCACAGCCACUGAACAACCGCUGUCCCACAGCCCAGCCAGUCAGGCAAUUCAUACACUUUAUCUCUACUGGGGAAAGAAACACCGGGCGGCUUUGGCCCUAUGGGCCCUGGUCAAAAUUAGUGCACUACAGGGAAUAUGAUGCCAUUUUCUAAUGCAGACUUUGUCUUUGUCUAGAUGGUGAAAGGAAGCGUGAGGGCAGGGAAAGUAGACUGUCAGGCCCACUACCAGACCUGUCAAUCAGCCGGCAUCACAGCCUAUCCCAGCGUCCGAUUCUACCCACACCUGGUCACCAAGAAGGUAAGAGACUCCUGAUUGGUAGUUUUUUAUGUAUUAGCUAUUUAUCCAGGUAAGUUAUUGAGAAGAUAACACGUUAUUGUACAAUAACUUCACCAAGAGGGUGCAAUGAUACAAAUAAGCUGCUAUGAUGAAAACAAACUGUAUCUGACAUCUUCCUGUCCUUGUUAGACUGGAAAACACGCUACAAGUUAGACAUUUGAUUACUAUGUAUCAGAAGUUGGUAGAAAAGUAGGAAGAUAUUCUUGUUAAACUGUAUAUUUAUUUAUUUAUUUAGUAUUUUGCUUUGGGAACCUCUUGCCUAAAGUUGUUUACCAUUUAGUAGAGGUCUUCAUGGAUCCACCUGUACCCUAAUACCCGAGACCCAAUCUGGGACCCGCGCAGGUCCGGAUCAAGAAUUCUAAAUAAUGUCAUGGGUGUCUGGGUCAGAUCUGAUGAUUGCCACGGGUCUCGGGUAUGUGUAAUUUUAACUGACUUGUCCGGAAGGGCCCGUACAUAUCCGAACGCGACUGCUGCAGUAGAGUGAAAUGUUAUCAUUUAUGCUGCUGCUCUUGCUUUCACAAGAAUGAAAGUUGUUGUUGGCCAAUCAUAAGUCAUCAAAGCGGCAAUAGGCUACAGUCAGAGCCUCCAUGUCUGGCAAAAGUUAGGAGAUAUCUAAUCAAUGGAAGAUGGAAUAAAAAUGACGGAAUUAAAACUUAAAGGAGAAGGAUAGGCUACAACGACCAAGAGACCAGUGGAGGCUGCUGAGGGGAGGACGGCUCAUAAAAAUGGCUGGAAUGGAGUCAAUGGAGUGGUAUCAACCACAAGGAAACCACGUCUUUGUGUUUGAUACCAUUCCAUUGACUCCAUUCCAGCCAUUAUUAUGAGCCGUCCUCCCCUCAGCAGCCUCCACUGCAAGAGACAACAGGUUGGCUGCUACUUAAUAUUCUGAAUGGAGUUGUUGUUAUUUGUAACUGUAGGAUGAGAAAGCGCAUUCACUGCAGCUUCAAUUAGCCUAGCUAGUUAAAAUUAGCAAGCUUCUCCCGGUAUGAUGCAGUGAAGAUGGGUACUAUGUCAUCCUAUUUGAUGAUACAUUUUGUAGCUAUGGCAGCUAUUAGUCUACUUUAGCACGAGUCGGCUUGGUUGAUUGCUGUCUCUCCCUCCCUGCUCACAGUAUGGCCCCUCCCCCGCCUGCUAGAGCAGCACCCCUCUCCCUCCUCUCGCUUGAUCAGCUCCAGUUAAUAAAGUAGCGUAAAAAAGUACUUUUCUGCUGCUUCCCUCAAUCUGAUCGGACCGGGUCUGGAUCCAACCAGGUCUAUACGGAACGGGUCUAGUUGUCCUUGGGUCAGUUCGGAACGGGUCUCUAUAUAUAAAAAAAAAAUGGUCAAUUUCGGAAUGGGUCCAACUGUUUGGACCCGAGAAUAACUCUACCUCAGAGCACUGUUCCCCUUACUAAUCCCUCCUCUCCGUCUCCAUCCCGCCAUCCCUCCCUCCAUUAUCCUUUCAUCUAUCCCUCUAUCUACCCAUCCCUCCGUCCCUCUAUCAUACCUCCUUCUGUCCCCCAGCGUGACCAGGGAGGGGAGCACGUCAACAGCCGGGAUGCUACUAACAUCGCCGACCUCCUCCGUCAGAGGCUCCAGCAGCUAUCUCCAUGGUUACAUGGCAAGGCCGCCAACUUCAAGGUAAGCUUCUUACGCGGUUCAGCAACUCUGCAAUCACCAUGUUGCUUUUUAAUCUUAGCUACCUCUUGCUUUUUGCAGUCGAGCAGAAUUAUAUUAUUCUCUGGCAUAGACUUUUAAGUGAGAGUUUGGCUUCUGGCCUCUGGAUUUACUGGCUUAACUAAUUCAGCCAAGACGACUGCUAAUAGUCUGACUGAAAUGAUUGUGGAUUGUGUUGGCUCAGAAUAUCGAAGUAUCAAACUGAAAUAUGAGAUAUUUUAUCAACCUCACUUUGUCGCAGUAUAUCCGUGAAUGUUCACCACCGCAAAUGUAAUCAAAAUGGAUCAUGUUGUAAUAUUUGAAUAGCAUGUUAAAACGAUGAACUUUUCGUUCUUUCUUUCUGCAGGAUGAAUUGUGAGUUCAAGAGGGUCGAUUAGGAAGAUCCAAGAUUCACUGAGAUGCUUUUCCUUAAGGGAAAUGUAAACAAAGAACAGUCAAACCCACACACAGUUAACAAACAAAUUGAGAAGAGAGGAUUACUGCCAAAGAACAUUAGCAAAGAAGACGUUAUCGAACGGUUACGUCAGUAUUGUCGGUCUGUCAAAACUGAUUCAACGAUUCAGAAAGACUGACUCACUGUCCUGUUGUAAGUUUGACUAGUUAUAUAGGUGGAGUGUGUCCAUACGGUAGGUGUUGACCUGACUGGUAUCUGAAUGUACUGUCUGAUGUAGGUUGGGGACAACAUAUUUUAUGUUUAUUUAUGAUGAUACAAAAUGGCAGUUUAUCAGUUUAUAAUGGGCUUGCCAAAUUCAAUGCCACUCGUGUUGAUUCAACUUGAACCAUUUGAGUGUCGCGAACAGUGUUUUAUUCAUUCUGUGAAGUGACCACACUGUACUGAAUGUGGUGGUGGUAUAAUGAUAAUGGUGUUUGUCUGCUUAAAGUAGCCUAAUUGUUCAGUAUGCAACAGUAUCACACACACACACACACACACA